GGAAAAUGUCAGACGUCCUGAGUAGUAGGCGAGCCAGGGGAUGUCGUUCUGUCAACCUAUAUGAAGAGAUAAGGAAGUGACUUUCAGGCUUUUCAUCAGUCCACACUGUCUAGGCACAUACUUUCUGACGACUAACCUGGGGCUGCAUAGCUUGCAGUGUCAUGACAGGGGGAAACGCGAGAAGAACCUGAGUGGACUAUAAUCUGUGGAUUCAUUUGAACGGCAGCGCUGUUUUCAACAUAGACCAAAGUCAGACGGAAGAUUUCUAUUGACAGUUUGAGAGAUGAGAUGAGGCUCACCCAUGUCAAAUGUGGAUGUCUUAUGGUUUUUGCUUUUCUCUCUCUAACCUGGUUCACCACUUAUAAUGGAAAUGGUAAGGUGUCGCACGUGUAACACUAGUUAUUAGGCUUCAAACUUUCAAUGUGAAACCUUGUUCAGAACUGUUAUAUCAGUUUUCUAUUGUUUUCGAAUGGUAUACUUAAAUGAUAAUGCCCGAGAAGCUGGUGUUUGUUGGAUAUAUUGUUGAAUAUAUUGGCACGGGUGUUGUUAGGCCCCAGACGAAGUCGUAUAUUCGGUCUGAUAUACCACGGCUGUCAGCCAAUCAGCAUUCAGGGCUCGAACAACCCAGUUUAUAAUUAAUUAUAUAUUAAAUUAUAUACCUAUAAUUCCAAUGGUUCCAAUCUAGAGGUAGGCCAAUUGCCAUGAUUCUGCAACACCAGAUCACUCAACCUGUCCUUACAAUCAGACCAGGUGCAACAAACGUCAAUUUGAUCUCUCUCGCUCGCUCCCUCUCUCUCACACACAGAGUAAAAGUAAUGAUGACUUUAUACCAUGGUACCAGUUUUACAUGAUGUAUUACUUCAAGGACUUAAAGAAAGACUACUAGAGUGUGAAUUCCUUGUUGUCUGGGAAAUGUACACACCAUUCCACUGGCCCCUUUCCUGCUUUAUACGUGUAACCCGGCAACUAAAACACCAGGCUUGUCCCUUGAGGAACUAUGUGGUGUGAAUGGGGUCGUCAUGGAAAUCACGGAAGUGGAAUGGGACUAUGGGAGGAUUAUUUUCAUUAAUUUUCUUGGGAGGAGUGAGUGUGUGUGUGGUUAUUCUACUGUACAUGCAGUUUGUUAAGCUAUACCUUUUGUUAUCCUGCACCCUACUACUCAAUACUUCAGCAAAUGUGAUGUCACUGAAGUUUUCUCAAAUCCAUACAUUAAACAUAGACUUGUAACUGUUAUACACUCUCUAAAUGUUUUUCUAUUUCUCCUCCCGACUCUUUCUGUUGUGCAACUGUAUGUUUGUGUGUGUGUGUGUGUGUGUGUGUGUAGACGAGGGUGAACCCACCUACCACCCUAAGAUGAUCCAGCUGUAUGAACGUCUGCUGGUUGCAGAGUCCAGGGGGGAGCUGGUGUUCAAGGAGCUCAGCAGUCUUCUGACCAGCCUGAACCUCACCAAACCAAACAACAACUCCUCCACUAAUAUCACAGGUGAGGUGACAGAGCCAUGUUAUCAUCUGUGUAAAGGCUCGUUGUUAAUUGUGGAUCAAGUUUGAGGACGAUCCUUUACUUUCAAUGCAUGUUAAGUGCUGGUCACAGCCAAGAUAAACCUUUAAACAGUGCCAACAACGCUAAUCAAAUGACUUCUCGCCACACUCUGUUUAAGUGUUUUAUGUCUGACCGUUUGUUGUGUGUUUGGUUUCAUUUCUGGUGGUGUGGAGUGUAGGACUGCUGUCCUCCAGACUGCCCAACGCCUACCUCUACCUUCCCCACCUACGGGACCACGCAGACAGCCUGAAUCUUAACGUUGUCCUGGGACAGGGCCGGACUGGAGGUGAAAGACGAGCCACGUCCCUCCGUCUUAACCCAUGCGCGUGUGCGUGCAUGUGUAGAAAUGUAUUACAUUAACACAUGUGUCUGAGUAAACAUGUCCUCUUUGACAAACAGGAGGGGUUGUGUUAAAGUGAGAAGGUACACAGCCUGGUGUGGAUUUCACUCUGUAACCUCUAUCCACCCACCUCACCCUCCCUGCUCUGUUUGGACUUUAUUCCAGUGAAUGCCAUACUGUAGUUAUUCCUUCCUCACCAGAACAUCACCUGUAUCCUGGGACUUAUCAGUGACUGUGUUAUCUAUAGCUCUGGGAAAUCUGAAAUCUGAAGCAGGUGUUCUUUCCUUCCCUCCCUGUGUGUGUGUGUGCGUCAGUGUCCCUGGUAUUGGGGAUCCCUACGGUGAAGCGUCAGAAGCAGAGCUACUUGGUUAGCACCCUGAACUCCCUUCUCUACGACCUUUCACCUUCUGAACGAAAAGAUUCCGUCAUCAUCAUCUUUGUUGCCGAGGUAACUUGCUCACAUACCCUGAUAGGGGUACAUGGACACAAGUGACAGUCUUUGCCAAUCAAACUUCACUUAAAGUCAAUAACAAUGGGGCCCCAUCAGGUCAUUUAGAAGUGUCUUUUUACAUGUUAAUCAAAAGAAGAAGUGACUUUGUAGAUAGGGUAAUAUGGCUUGAGGUUGGGCCCCCAGACUAUGGCCAGGUCUCUCCCAAGGGUCAAACCGACUUAUUGUUAUUAGCACAGGAAAUAGAGGGAUUAGGAUGAGAAAAAUAAAGAGGGAUUCAUUUCCAUGAAAAGACCUGCUAAACCUGUUGAAUGUGUCACGGUGCCUUUCAGAAGCUGAGGUAUGAAUGCUUUACACUAAACUUGAACUACAUAAACUGACAGGCACAUUACUGGAAUUUCCUGUUCUAGAUUUUAAGACCUAAGGCCAUUUUAGCUCCUAAUGUUCGACUGUGAUCACUCGCGUCACAACUACCCUGUAACUGCUUUGCAUAUUUGUCAUUCCGACUCAAGGUUUGCCCAAUUGAUGGUAACUUUGUGUAGUGGUUGUGUGUCUCUGAGGAUAUGAGCACACACAAGACACAAGACACCUUCAGUAUUCUGUAGCCAUCAUGUUUCAUCUACAUUAAUUAUACUGCACACAAACUCACCCCUCUAAUAAUAUGACCUCAUGUUUCAGGUUAACUUUCACUGGAUUUCCCAUUGUCUCAUUCAUUUCCCCUUCUCUCUGUCUCUUUAUUUCAGACGGAUGCAGAAUACGUCAACAGCGUAGCAGAACUCUUACAGAAGAAGUGAGAUGUUUUGGUUGUUUGGGAUUUUAGUUGAACUGUUUUUUUUAUUUGCUGCUUCUUCAAUGUGUUUUGUAGUUGACCUGUGUUUGCCUGUUGUGUGGGGCUGUAGUUUUCCUAAGGAUGUGCACUCAGGCCUGUUGGAGGUAGUGUCCCCUUCUCAGUACCUCUACCCCAACUUCAGCAGACUCAGGGAAACCUUUGGAGACUCCAAGGAGAGAGUCAAGUGAGAAACGGACGCAUGCACAACCCAACACAACCCAUACAGAUGUGUGGUCUUAAAAUCAUGAAAACAAAAAAGUCUAACACAUCAUGUAUACCUGAAGUAAGUGGUUUGAAUUGUGGUUAUUUUCAGAUGGCGCACAAAGCAGAACUUGGACUACAGCUUCCUGAUGCUGUACGCACAGGAGAAGGGAACAUAUUAUGUACAGGUGGGGUCAGAGUUCAACCUAUCUGAUUGGUCAGUCAGUCUGCCUGUGUAACUGUAUGUGAGUUUUCCAUUUAAAUGUGAAUUUAGGAAGUGAAUUGAAAUCAUAUAUGUAUUAACACAUCCUCAUUGAAAAAUAUGUGUUGUCAGUUGGAGGAUGACAUUGUGGCAAAGCCUGGUUACUCUCAGACCAUGAAAACAUACAUCAGAUCACUGGCCUCGGAUGACUGGCUGUUCCUGGAGUUCUCUCAGCUCGGCUUCAUCGGUGAGUCUAUGCUCUUCUGUGUGUGUGUGUGUGUGUGUGUGUUCUCAGGGUGUCUGGAAAAGGAGGGCGUAGUUGGUUGUUUUUAGAUAAACACUUGUUUAUGUGGAGACUAAAUGUAUUUAUUACCUUUAGUUAACGAGGUUAUUUAAUGAGAAAACACACUCACACUCACAGAUGUGGAUAUGUACCAGUGGAGGCUGCUGGGGGAGGACGGCUCAUAAAUGGCUGGAUUGGAGUGUAAUGUCUGGAAUGGAGUAUCAUGGCUGGAAUGAAGUGAAUGGAAUGGUAUCAAACAUCCGAAAACCAUAUGUUUGAUACCAUUCCAUUCACUCAAUUCCAGCCCUUAUUAUGAGCCAUCCUCUCCUCAGCAGCCUCCACUGGUAUGUACAAUAUACUCAUGACUCUUCUUCCUUGUCGUAAGUCAUUUUACUUUAAUUUGUGGGUUUGUGUUUGUGUCUGCAUCAGGCAAGAUGUUCAGAGCCCGUGAUCUACCAAUGAUAGCAGAGUUCUUUCUAAUGUUCCACAAAGACAAGCCCAUUGAUUGGCUGUUGGACCACAUUCUGUGGGUGAAGGCUUGUAACCCAGAAAAAGAUGAGGUGAGUUGUGCUCAACAAAAUAAAGUAUUUUGUUCAAGAGAAUCAAAUGUAAAUGAUUAUCUAAUGUAGAGCCCACAAACUUCUGAGUCCACACGGAACUAUUCCUUUAUUGCAUUGAGAGUUGAUGGGCUUUUCAUCUUGUUUUGUCCCGUCCAGAAAGACUGCAACCUGCAGAAGGGCCUGCUCAAGCUGAGAUAUAAACCCUCUCUGUUUCAACAUGUAGGCCUUCACUCCUCUCUGCCUGGGAAACUACAGAAAUUAAAAGUAAGAUUCUCUCUCUCUCUCUGGUAUGUUUGUGCAAGAUAAACUCAGUUAGUGGCAGUUAUAAUUCAAAUGUCUCUCUCUCUGGUGUGUUUGUGCAAGAUAAACUCAGUUAGUGGCAGUUAUAAUUCAAAAGUCUCUCUCUGGUGUGUUUGUACAGGAUAAGGACUUUGGAAAGGUGCCACUGUUUGCAGCCCACAGUAACCCUCCUGCAGAGCUGAGCAGUAGUCUGAAGCACUACCAGCAGCACACCCUGGAGAGGGCCUAUGAGGGCCAGGACUUCUUCUGGGGCCUGACCCCUACCGCUAAAGACUUCAUCCUGCUCAGCUUCCCACAGCCACGCACUGUCAACGGGUCAGUGGACACACACACACACACAGUAGCCUACACCAGACACGUGAACAGAUAGGGCUAGCCCUUUUGUCCUCUUGUGAAAAAAUAACGCUUUUGAUUGGUGGUAUUUUCUUUAAUUAAUCACUUUUUAUUUUCAGACUCAUUUCGCUAUUGUAGCUUUAAAUGUAACGAAUUGCGUUUUGAAAUUAAUACGAUAAAUGACUUUGGAGUUGCUAGCGUGUGUCGUCUCACGGUCAGGGACAUGCAGUUCGACUGUUUGUCUGCAGCAGAACAAAUUCAAAUCAAGUAAAGACUAGUAAGCUAGCUGUUUCAUCACACACACAUUUUAAUUUGAACUGCAACCACAGGUCACAUUUAAGUAUUGCUUUCCCGACACUGACUCCAGUUCCCUGUUUUCUUGCCUGUAUAAAGGGUGUGGAACAGGACUUUGUCUCCCACUUGUCACACUCCUUCUCACAAUGGACUCCAGUAGGUCACGUUUGCCAUGCCCUAAUACAAGCAUUUCGCUACAGCCGCAAUAACAUCUGCUAAAUAUGUGUAUGCGACCAAUAAAAUGUGAUUUGAUUUAAUACCACACAGACCACACUGAUUAGACACAAAGGGAACGUCUCAGAGCAAAUAGAAUGGAGUUAAAGGUAAAUACGAGUUAUGAGCAAAUACAUUGUAGGUAUUCAGUUAGUUGCCACUUAGUGUAAAGCUCUCCUGUUCAUUGUGGUCAUUUAUGGCAUGAGAGGGAUAAAUGACAGAGGUACAUUCUAUUUUGACCAGGCAGCCCAACUGUUGCUAUAAUAGGUAAUGACUCCUAUGAUCCCAUCUUGUAUCUCCAGGUACCUGUUUCGCAGUGGAAACAUCGAGACCAACGAAGACAAGUUUUAUAACACCACCGUGGAGGUGCUCCCUAGUGAUGUGAGUGCCAUGGAGAUCAUACUAACUGGCAACGGUGUGUGGGAGAGAGCGAGAGAGAGUGAUCUCUGGUGACUGCAGUGUCAUGGAGCUGGUCUAAGAGACUGAUGUGGCUCUCAGGUGUCAUGUCCUAGGGACUAAGUAACAAGGUGACAGGAAACACCCACCACAUCUUCUAACAUGCUGAUGGCCUACCUGUGUGUGUGUGUGUGUGUGUGUUUGAGAUAAAACAACACAACACAAAAUAUAAAACUUUCACUCCUGUCCGUACUCCACUAGAGGCUUAUGCAAAGUCAAAAACUAAAGAAUCACAUAGUGUUCAUAAUGUCAUCAAUAAUAAUCAUCAGUAGAUCUGUUUUAGCCGUAUACAGCUAUGCUGAAUGUGAUCUGAGAUAGUGAAGACAAAAGGUACAUUGUAACAUGGUUUAACAUGUGUUUUUCCUCUCCAGAGCUCUGUGAGAGACAGACUGGUGGGUGGCCAGUCUCCUCAAUAUGAAGGAUCUAAUGGAGGCUUCAUAGUGAUUGGUAAUAUUUUUCUAAUUCCGGGUCAGGUGAUGUGGUCAGGAAAAACUCUGAUCUCCUAUUAUUACUAGUAGUUUCUCUGUCACCUCUGGCCUGAUAGACACAAACACUUGUCAGGGUAAGACGGGCAGACACACCUCCAUCAAGGUGUUGUUCUGUGUCUGGAUGGUUCUGAAUCAUAGAAAUACAACAACUAGAAUGAGCUAUUGGACUCUGCCCUGGUAGUGUCUGUGUGGUGGGGGUUGGUUGUCUGAAUAGCUGUACCUUUCACCCCCUUAAAGCCUUCUGUGAUUGGUUAAGUGCAAAUAGCGAGAUAAGGAAUGACUAAGCUUUGCUGAAUCAUAAAUCACCUCAAAGGGGAAUGGAAACACUAGGCUUAAGAACUCCAGCUAAUUGUAACUGUAAAUCGCCAUAUUGGCAUUGCAUCAUCGGUAGAAGAGUUUUGGAAUUCCUGAAUUCGAGACCAUGACCUCUGCGUGCAUUAAUGAGCAUAAUUUGCUGGUGUCAAACCAUAUAUGAAAACAUGAUACAUAUUUUGAAAGCUGAGAAACAGCCCUUUUCAAAUUAUAUGAUAUACAGUUGAAGUCGGAAGUUUACAUACACCUUAGCCAAAUACAUUUAAACUCAGUUUUUCACAAUUCCUGACAUUUAAUCCUAGUAAAAAUUCACUGUCUUAGGUCAGUUAGGAUCACCACUUUAUUUUAAGAAUGUGAAAUGUCAGAAUAAUAGUAGAGAGAGAUUUGAUUCAGCUUUUAUUUCUUUCAUCACAUUCCCAGUGGGUCAGAAGUUUACAUACACUCAAUUAGUAUUUGGUAGCAUUGCCUUUAAAUUGUUUAACUUGGGUCAAACGUUUCGGGUAGCCUUCCACAAACUUCCCACAAUAAGUUGGGUGAAUUUUGGCCCAUUCCUCCUGACAGAGCUGGUGUAACUGAGUCAGGUUUGUAGGCCUCCUUGCUCACACAUGCUUUUUCAGUUCUGCCCACAAAUUUGUGAUGGCCACUCCAAUAACUUGACUUUGUUGUCCUUUAGCCAUUUUGCCACAACUGUGGAAGUAUGCUUGGGGUCAUUGUCCAUUUGGAAGAUCCAUUUGCGACCAAGCUUUAACUUCCUGACUGAUGUCUUGAGAUGUUGCUUUAAUAUAUCCACAUAAUUUUCCUUCCUCAUGAUGCCAUCUAUUUUGUGAAGUGCACCAGUCCCUCCUGCAGCAAAGCACCCCCACAGCAUGAUGCUGCCACCCCCAUACUUCACGGUUGGGAUGGUGUUCUCCGGCUUGCAAGCCUUCCUCUUUUUCCUUCAAACAUAACGAUGGUCAUUAUGGCCAAACAGUUGUAUUUUUGUUUCAUCAGACCAGAGGACAUUUUUCCAAAAAGUACAAUCUUUGUCCCCAUGUGCAGUUGCAAACCGUAGUCUGGCUUUUUUAUGGCGGUUUUGGAGCAGUGGCUUCUUCCUUGCUGAGCGGCCUUUCAGGUUAUGUCAAUAUAGGACUCGUUUUACUGUGGAUAUAGAUACUUUCUUACCUGUUUCCUCCAGCAUCUUCACAAGGUCCUUUGCUGUUGUUCUGGGAUUGAUUUGCACUUUUCGCACCAAAGUACGUUCAUCUCUAGGAGACAGAACGCGUCUCCUUCCUGAGAGGUAUGACGGCUGCGUGGUCCCAUGGUGUUUAUACUUGCGUACUAUUGUUUGUACAGAUGAAUGUGGUACCUUCAGGCAUUUGGAAAUUGCUCCCAAGGAUGAACCAGACUUGUGGAGAUCUACAAUUUUUUUUCAUGUCAAGGAAAGAGGCACUGCGUUUGAAGGUAGGCCUUGAAAUACAUCCACAGGUGCACUCAAAUUAUGUCAAUUAGCCUAUCAGAAGCUUCUAAAGCCAUGAUGUCAUUUUCUGGAAUUUUCCAAGCUGUUUAAAGGCACAGUCAACUUAGUGUAUGUAAACUUCUGACCCAAUGGAAUUGUGAUACAGUGAAUUAUAAGUGAAAUAAUCUGUCUGUAAACGAUUGUUGGAAAAAUUACUUGUGUCAUGCACAAAGUAGAUGUCCAAACCGACUUGCCAAAACUAUAGUUUGUUAACAAGUAAUUUGUGGAGUGGUUGAAAAACAAGUUUUAAUGACUCUAACCUAAGUGAAUGUAAACUUCCAACUUCAACUGUACAAUAGCACCACAUCAAUCAAGAAAAUCAAUCAUUUACAGAACUUCCUAAUGAAGAUCAAGAAAAACUUAGAGCAUAUUGGGCCUUAUUUUGUAAGGAUUGAAAAUCUGAAAUCAUAAUAGUAAUACCUUUUACUGUGAAUUAGUUACAGCUGUUUUAGUGAACAGUGGUAUUUUUCUAGAAUUCUAUGGAUCUUCCGUGAUCACACUUUCUUAUCUGGAUAGUAUAGCAAACACAUACUGUAUAUGCACCGAAACAUAUUACAAAUGGCAUUUAUUCUUAAAUAUGAUGAGGAAAGACAUACACAAGUAAUAUAAUAUCAAUAAAACAAUAACUUUAUUAAAAUAAUACGGUUAGGGGAAUACAUUGUCUCAUUCAAACCUGAAAACAAAGUGCAAGUUGCAUCGCUAUCAUAACCAAAACAUUAUAUACAACAUUCAUCUCAGGGAUAUUGUUUUCAAAAUUGAACUGGAAUUUUUUUUUAAGGAUAAUAUUAACACAUAUUAUAGAGUAGUCCUCCAGUAGAUUGAAGUUCACCUAGUCCAUAACUGACAUCAUAUGAUUAAUGGAGAGGUGGAAGAGGGGGUGGCUGGUGAGGAGAAAUAAUGAGAGAGAGGGACAUAGCGCUAAUAGUACAUAACAAUAAUAUAUCAACAAAUUUAAGAAUUUCAUAUCUGUCCAUAACUGAAAUAAUAUGAUAAUGUAUGUCUAAGUAGCAAAGUCACAAAAACAGCUAGACCAGGAUGACCAAGCUGACUACCAGCCUGAGCUUUUAAAAGUCAUUAUCUAGCAAUCAUCAUUAGGAUUAGGCUUCAGGCUUAGGCUACAUGACUUACUGUAAUCAACAACCAGCAGGCUUAGCUACUAUUUUUAGGAAUCAUAUGACAUAUCACAGAUAAACCGACACCUAAUGAGAUAUCUAGCUAUGUAGUUAUCUAGCUAGCUAUCUAGGGGAUCACAGCUAGCUAGCUAGCUACAUUUUACUGGUAAAAUAGCAAUCCUGCAGCAGCCCUUUCUGGCUGGCUAACUAUAUAUCAAAUCACUAGCCAAUUCGUUAUAGCUUUGAAUAAUGCCUAAUGACAAAUGUUCUUCAAAUUGUCCAUAUGAGCAUUUUAUGUACAGCUAUCAAAGAAAACAUUAAAAAGACAAAACAAGAGAUGUGCUAAAUUAAGUGGGCUAGGCAGCUAGCUACCUUGCCUCGUUUUGGCUGACUGUCUACUCGGCUUGUUAUUAAAAGUUAAUUUCACAGAGACUCAUCUUAUCAAUCGGAAUAAAUACUCUAAAAUAUAAAUAUUAUAAUUACCAACAUAAAAAUGAAUUGUAUACAGUUUCUUACCUUAAUGUUGUUGUCCUGAUCUCAAUGACAGAGCUGUCAAAGUUGUGAGAAACCUUUCAGGUCCAGUGGAGGCAAGGCAACACCUGGUGGCAGCAUCACUUUCAGUCCCCAUGCCAAAACUCAAUUUGCUCAACCCUGCCAAUGACGCAUUGGCAUCAGUCGUUACUAUGGCAAUGCAAGAUGGUGCUACCCAUACCUCCUAAUAAACUAUAUUCAAGAUCAAAAUCCUAAAAAUAGAGAUAUUGAAAUGCACAUGUUUAGUAUUAGUGGAUUGAAUAGAUCUCUUUGCUUAGCUUUACUUCCUAAAAAGUGUUUCCAUUCUCUUUUAAACCCUGGGGCUGUGUUUCUACUAAGCUAACAUAUGGAAUUGUUUUAAGAUGGUCAUAACAAGGAUAAUUUAGCUAUUUGAGUUUACAUUUUAGGACCCCUGUAGGUAUUAAAAAUAUAUACACAACCAGUCAAAAGUUUAGACACACCUACUCAUUCAAGGGUGUUUCUUUAUUGUUAUUGUUUUCUACAUUGUAGAAUAAUAGUGAAGACAUCAAAACUAUGAAAUAACACACAUGGAAUCAUGUAGUAACCAGAAAAGUGUUAAACAAAUCAAAAUAUAUUUUAUAUUUGAGAUUCUUCAAAUAGCCACCCUUUGCUUUGAUGACAGCUUUGCACACUCUUGGCUUUCUCUCAACCAGCUUCACCUGGAAUGCUUUUCCAACAGUCUUGAAGGAGUUUCCACAUAUGCUGAGCACUUAUCAAAUCAAAUCAAAUUGUAUUGGUCACAUGCGCCGAAUACAACAGGUGCAGACAUUACAGUGAAAUGCUUACUUGCAGCCCUUAACCAACAGUGCAUUUAUUUUAAACAAAAAAAGUAAGAAUAAAACAACAACAAAAAAAAGUGUUGAGAAAAAAAAAAGAGCAGAAGUCAAAUAAAGUGACAGUAGGGAGGCUAUAUAUACAGGGGGGUACCGUUGCAGAGUCAAUGUGCGGGGGCACCGGCUACUUGAGGUAGUUGAGGUAAUAUGUACAUGUGGGUAGAGUUAAAGUGACUAUGCAUAAAUACUUAACAGAGUAGCAGCAGCGUAAAAAGGAUGGGGUGGGGGGGCAGUGCAAAUAGUCCGGGUAGCCAUGAUUAGCUGUUCUGUUAUUGGCUGCUUUUCCUUCACUCUGCUGUACAACUCAUCCCAAACCAUCUCAAUUGGGUUGAGGUCAGGUGAUUGUGGAGGCCAGGUCAUCUGAUGCAGCACUCCAUCACUCUCCUUCUUGGUCAAAUAGCCCUUACACAGCCUGGAGAUGUGUUGGGUCAUUGUCCUGUUGAAAAACAAAUGAUAGUCCCACUAAGCGCAAACCAGAUGGGAUGGCGUAUCGCUGCAGAAUGCUGUGGUAGCCAUGCUGGUUAAGUGUGUCUUGAAUUCUAAAUAUAUCACCGACAGUGUCACCAGCAAAGCACCAUCACACCUCCUCCUCCAUGCUUCAUGGUGGGAACCACACAUGUGGAGAUCAUCCGUUCACCUACUCUGCAUCUCAAAAAGACAUGGCGGUUGGAACAAAAAUCUCAAAUUUGGACUCAUCAGACCAAAGGACAGAUUUCCACGAUCUAAUGUCCAUUGCUCGUGUUUCUUGGCCCAAGCAAGUCUUUUCUUCUUAUUGGUGUCCUUUAGUAGUGGUUUCUUUGCAGCAAUUUGACCAUGAAGGCCUGAUUCACACAGUCUCCUCUGAACAGUUGAUGUUGAGAUGUGUCUGUUACUUGAACUCUGUGAAGCAUUUAUUUGGGCUGCAAUUUCUGAGGCUGGUAACUCUAAUGAACUUAUCCUCUGCAGCAGAGGUAACUCUGGGUCUUCCUUUCCUGUGGCGGUCCUCAUGAGAGCCAGUUUCAUCAUAGCGCUUGAUGGUUUUUGCGACUGCACUUGAAGAAACUUUCAAAGUUCUUGACAUUUUAUGGAUUGACUGACCUUCAUGUCUUAAAGUAAUGAUGGACUGUCGUUUCUCUUUGCUUAUUUGAGCUGUUCUUUCCAUAGUAUGGACUUGGUCUUUUACCAAAUAGGGCUAUCUUCUGUAUAUCAACCCUACCUUGUCACACCACAACUGACUGGCUCAAACACUUUAAGAAGGAAAGCAAUUCCACAAAUUAACUUUUAACAAGCCACACCUAUUAAUUGAAAUGCAUUCCAGGUGACUAUCUCAUGAAGCUGGUUGAGAGAAUGCCAAGAUUUUGCAAAGCUGUCAUCAAGGCAAAGGGUGGCUACUUUGAAGAAUCUCAAAUAUAAAAUAUAUUUUCAUUGUUUAAUACUUUUUUGGUUACUACAUGAUUCCAUAUGUGUUAUUUCAUAGUUUUGAUGUCUUCACUAUUAUUCUACAAUGUAGAAAACAAUAACAAUAAAGAAAAACCCUUGAAUGAGUAGGUGUGUCCAAACUUUUGACUGGUACUGUAUAUAAAACAAUUAAUUGAUGAAACAUUAAAUGUAGCCUUACUGCUACAAUAUUAGCCCAUAUAAACACAUUGAAUAACAUAUUCAUACUUGGCAAAACAGAUGGUCAAAAAAUAAAUAAAAAGGAAUUAUGUUUUGAAAUGUCUGUCCUAUAUCUAAGAGAUCUGAGAAAGCUCCUGAAAUUGGCCCCCCCAAAAUUGACCCAUAUUUAACCCAUUUUGUUUGGCAUCUAGAGUACUUACAUAUAUACUUCCAUUCACUUUUUUUAAACUGCUACCGGAUUGCCGUCCGUGUUGUGAGGUUUGUGGGCGUCGUAGAGCAAAACAACUGGCGUAUGUGUUCGUAAGAGUCUCAGCUUUCGAUGGCGAGGUCAUAUUAGUUUGUAGGCCAAACUGUUAGGACGCUACAGACAGAAGUUGACACAUUGGCGGUACCGACUUCAGACGAGGCCCGUGAAGCUUGUGGGGGUCAUAGAGUAAAACACCGAACAUGUGUUCAUGAGUCUCACCUUUUGAUGUUGGGGUCAUAUUAGUUUGUGAGAAGACCGAUUUUCAGUUUGUCUCCUGGUCUGACAAACGCUGACACAGAUAUCUCUAGUUUAAACAGAUGAAUUUUGAUGGGGAUUUUUUUAUUAUACUAGUUAGAUUUACACGGGGGCGCGGACAUCUACUCUAUAUCAAUUAGCUGGUACACACCUGAUAUAAGACUCAAUUGUUGAAGAGCCAGAAGGAGGGAAAGCUAAGGGAGACAAAGAUAGAGAUACAAGGAGACCGAGAGUGAGAAGUAGCCUUGGAAAUACCAGACCUAGGGCAGCAACAGCAGUAGGACUGGGAUUAAUGACGGAUUAUUUUGGUGACUUCAAAAAGGGAGAAAAAAGUAUAAUAAUUCCGGGGAGGGUCCUCUUCAGAAACACAACUCUCCCAACAUAGCACUACUUAGACAUCCCAAAACAACGCGAUUCGAAACCAAAUUUGCAAGCAAAACCUUUGCAGUGGGUUUAGUGAAGGUAGUUGAUGCAAACUAGCCACUCGCGAAAUGCACUCAUUAUAAAUAACCUUCACUUGCUAUGUACUAUUUUGUGUCAUGGGGAUGUUUAAGCUAGGGCAACAAGCUACUGUGUCCUGCUGUCCCAACUUCGCCCUUUCCUGUAAAAACUGAAGUUGUAUACGUACAGAUAUGGUACAUUGUGGGAGGCAACCCGUCUGUCAGUAUGAAAAAUGUAUACACUCACUAACUGUAAAUCGCUCUGGAUAAGAGCGUCUGCUAAAUGACUAAAAUGCUAAAAUGAGACUAAAGGCUUUAUUCUAUCCGCAUCGCAGAAAUUGAGCUUUAAAGCGUGAUUGAAAUGUAAAGUCAAUGUUCCCCUAAUGGCAGAAAUCCAUCUAGCAUGUUGGGGGCGAUUUAACAACGGAGCCCUAUUCAUUUUCAAUGAAGGGAAGCGAAGUGGGCGGGGACCGUUGGAUGAUACAAGCAUUGGCGAGGGAGCGUGAACAACGCAGGACCAAAGUUGGGGAAAGAUUAAUUUUUGUUGCGUACUCCGCGACAUUGCAUUGCUAUUGACCAAUCAAAGCUCAAUAUAGUUUCCAGCCCCUACUGGAUUGGCUGUUGAUACCUAGCACUACCUAACCUGCUUGCUAACACUGACAUGUGGGCGAAGCUAUCUGUAUAGUGGAUCACUGCUGUAAGUGAGAAGAGUCGUCUCUAGUUGCCACAAAGUCAUAAACCCCACAUAUUUCUACAAUUUCUCUUCUUAAAAUGUGAUUUAAAUUUAACCACACUGCUAACCGUAUGACUAACCCUAACCUUAAAUUAAGACCAAAAAGCAAUUUUUUUGUUUAGAAGACUUUUUAAAAUAUAGCCAAUUUCGUGACUGUGGUAACUUGUGGAAACCAGUAAGAAGGGGAGAGAGAAAGAAAGAGAGUGGAGAGAGAGAGAGAUAGAGAGCGAUGAAACAACAGUACCAACACCGCAUAGGAGAACAAAGGAACGGACACACCUUAGAAGCAUUACAUUGAUGUCAGAGUCCAAUCCAUUCAUACAAAAGCAACAGACUUUCUCAUAGACAAUAGUCUCAUUUGAAACUCCAGUUGCUAACAGGUUAUAUCCCACUGUGGGCUGUUUUGUACAUGACUAAUUGUAGAGUCCAUUACUGUUAUAAUUAAGCAAUAAGGCACGAGGGGUUGUGGUAUAUGGCCAAUAUACCAUGGCUAAGGGCUGUUCUUAUGCACGACGCAACACGGAGUGCCUGGAUACAGCCCUUAGCCGUGGUAUAUUGGCAAUAUACCACAAACCCCUGAGGUGCCUUAUUGCUAUUAUAAGCUGGUUACCAACGUAAUUAGAGCAGUAAAAAUAAAUGUUUUGUCAUACCCAUGGUAUACGGUCUGAUAUACCACGGCUGUCAGCCAAUCAGCAUUCAGGGCGCCAACCACCCAGUUUAUAAUAUACUGUACAGUCGUGGUCAAAGGUUUUGAGAAUGACAAGUAUUGGUCUUCACAAAGUUUGCUGCUUCAGUGUUUUUAGAUAUUUUUGUCAGAUGUUACUAUGGUAUACUGAAGUAUAAUUACAAGCAUUCCAUAAGUGUCAAAGGCUUUUAUUGACAAUUACAUUAAGUUUAUGCAAAGAGUCAAUAUUUGCAGUGUUGACCCUUCUUUUUCAAGACCUCUGCAAUCCGCCCUGGCAUGCUGUCAAUUAACUUCUGGGCCACAUCCUGACUGAUGGCAGCCCAUUCUUGCAUAAUCAAUGCUUGGAGUCUGUCAGAAUUUGUGGGUUUUUGUUUGUCCACCCGCCUCUUGAGGAUUUGACCACAAGUUCUCAAUGGGAUUAAGGUCUGGGGAGUUUCCUGGCCAUGGACCCAAAAUGUCGAUGUUUUGUUCCCCAAGCCACUUAGUUAUCACCUUUGCCUUAUGGCAAGAUGCUCCAUCAUGCUGGAAAAGGCGUUGUUCGUCACCAAACUGUUCUUGGAUGGUUGGGAGAAGUUGCUCUCGGAGGAUGUGUUGGUACCAUUCUUUAUUCAUGGCUGUGUUCUUAGGCAAAAUUGUGAGUGAGCCCACUCACUUGGCUGAGAAGCAACCCCACACAUGAAUGGUCUCAGGAUGCUUUACUGUUGGCAUGACACAGGACUGAUGGUAGCGCUCACCUUGUCUUCUCCGGACAAGCUUUUUUCCGGGAUGCCCCAAACAAUCGGAAAGGGGAUUCAUCCGAGAAAAUGACUUUACCCCAGUCCUCAGCAGUCCAAUCCCUGUACCUUUUGCAGAAUAUCAGUCUGUCCCUGAUGUUUUUCCUGGAGAGAAGUGGCUUCCUCGCUGCCCUUCUUGACACCAGGCCAUCCUCCAAAAGUCUUCGCCUCACAGAUGCACUCAUACCUGCCUGCUGCCAUUCCUAAGCAAGCUCUGCACUGGUGGUGCCCCGAUCCCGCAGCUGAAUCAGCUUUAGGAGACGGUCCUGUCGCUUGCUGGACUUUCUUGGGCGCCCUGAAGCCUUCUUCACAACAAUUGAACCUCUCUCCUUGAAGUUCUUGAUGAUCCGAUAAAUGGUUGAUUUAGGUGCAAUGUUACUAGCAGCAAUAUCCUUGCCUGUGAAGCCCUUUUUGUGCAAAGCAAUGAUGACGGCACGUGUUUCCUUGCAGGUAACCAUGGUUAACAGAGGAAGAACAAUGAUUUCAAGCACCACCCUCCUUUUAAAGCUUCUAGUCUGUUAUUCUAACUCAAUCAGCAUGACAGAGUGAUCUCCAGCCUUGUCCUCGUCAACACUCUCACCUGUGUUAACGUGGGAAUCACUGACAUGAUGUCAGCUGGUCCUUUAUUGGCAGGGCUGAAAUGCAUUGGGAAUGUUUUUGGGGGAUUAAGUUCAUUUUCAUGGCAAAGAGGGACUUUGCAAUUAAUUGCAAUUCAUCUGAUCACUCUUCAUAACAUUCUGGAGUGUAUGCAAAUUGCCAUCAUAAAAACUCAGGCAGCAGACUUUGUGAAAAUUAAUAUUUGUGUCAUUCUCAAAACUUUUGACCACGACUGUAUAUUCUGCCAGGGGUUUUCAGAAUAAUACUACAUUCAGGUUACUAAUAUGUUAUUGAAUGUUUGUGUCUCAUGUUUGUAGGUUCCUUUGUGGAUGGGGUGGCUGAGGGACAGAUAGACGCACAGAUGCAGCCCAUCUCUGCUUUACGUCUUCUGGUACACAGCGACUCUGACGUGUGGGUUCUGCUCAGCGAGGUGAGCUGUGUGCGCUUAUGAGGAAGUUACAGGAAUUGUGUGUUUUAUUAGUCAGUCAAUGGUUCUCUAGAUUUAAAGGUGUAUUCAAACAGCUUGUAGGUGCUGUGUCCUGAAAGAGGAAGAUAAUUUGUUUCACUAGAAAGACAAGGGCUCUCUUCAAUCCGUAUCGCUGAAGUUCAGCGUUAAAGUGUGAUUGAAAUGUAAAGGCUACAUUCCCGUGUUAGCGAAGACUGCAUUCACGGUAAACGGUGCAAAUGUCAGCUCAAUCGGAAAUUACCUUUACAUUUCUAUUGAACAUAGCCCUAAUUCACAUUCCUACAUAGUUCCCUCUCUUAACUUAAAGAGGGAACUCUGUGAACUUAUUUACAAUAAUAAUCAGUGUGUCCUUGGUACCUUCAGUAUCUCUGGCGUCAUUCACGAUCAAAAGAUAUGAGAAAAAUCCCUAACAAGUGUGGUGACCAUCAACCCCUACACAAAUGAGUGUCACAAAUAGAGCACUAUAAAUAAUGUGUGCUACAGAAAGAGAAAACAUCAAUAUGCUAAGCAUUGCGUUAAUUACUCUUACCUGAUUAUGGGGGGCAUUAGGGAUGAUGUAGAUUGUGUACAAGAGUGUGUUUCUGUGUAGGAUUACAGCGGCUAAGGUUUGGUUAAUGCUCAUGCUUGUCCCUGUCUGUCAGAUAUUUAUUAAACUUUGAGGAGGGGAAGAGAGGAGAAACCUGAGAGGGCGUACGCUGCUCGCCUAUGACACUCCACACCUGGACCAACAGCGACCUCUAUUGGACAUGGAUAGUCAAUGCAGUUUCUCUAACUAUCUCAGCUGCUGCUGAAUGGACACACUGUGGAUGUUCUCUUCUC